UAAAUAUAUUUUUUGAGUGUACAUCAUAUAAAGAUAAUAAAUAAAUUAAGUUGCAACAUUAUGGAUAACGAUAAUCCAUCGUGUCGCAAUUUUUCAAUGGGAUCAUCCUCAACUUCACAGUCGGAUGCUCAGCAAACUGCAAAGAAGAAGAAAGACAAGAAGACCAUAGCAAAGACUCAGUCUGAGCUUCAGACCUCUCCACAAUGCUCCAACAUUAUAACAUCAUCAACGACAACCUCAUCGACUUCCAUAUCCAUGGGCGCACUUAAUUCUGAGAGUCGACUCCAAAAGCCAGAGUCUUUUGAGGCUCCAAAUAUUGGAUAUGAAGUUAAUAUUGCCAAGGCAGUACUACAACAAUAUAGUACCUUGAGUGGUGACAACCUAUUCGAUCAUUUAAGUGAUAUUGUAAAGCGAGUUAUUGACGAAAGACCCCCGAAUGUAAUUGAUUUCUUUGAAGAGUUUAGUAGAAAUGUUCGUGAGCAAAAGUUUCAUGUACCUGAAAGAUUCCCCCCAAACGGCGUAUUUGCCGACAGUCGAAUGUUUCGACCGGCAAAAAAGAUUUUGCAAGCAAUUAAGCUUCCCUGCAAUGCAGAAGGCACAGAUUUGGGUUGUGACGAGGAAAUGACUGGGGAAGAGGCAUAUCCCUAUGCUGAUGGGGAACUUCAGAUAGACCUCGAUGAUUCCUUGCGAAUGUUUGUAUCUUUCAAUGAGCGCGUCGAGCAAUUGCAAUUCUUUUGGAACCAGUCUGGCUUUAGUAUCAGCAAAGAUGAUAUAUUUCAAUUGGCAAGCUCCAUUAAUCGUCUUCAGACUCAUCCAUCAAUAAUGCAAUGCCGCUUCUGGGGCUGUAUUUAUGGAUUGAAGUGCUCCUAUUAUAUUGUGGAAGCCUCAUUAACGCGUGACGAAAUCAUUUCCCGAUUAACAAUGAUGGAAGAAGAAAUGCGAGAAAAGCAACUUCCCUUCAAAAUGCGAAAGAAUCAAGAGCGCAAACCUAUGCCAUCACAUAUUGGACCGGAACUAACUCCUGGCAUUUAUGGUUGGGAAAACUAUGAUCCCGGCGAUUUGGCGAAAAUGAUUCCAAAAGCGGAGCCUGUUCCUCUGGCAGAGGAAUUGGAGUUCUAUGAUAUACCACCAGAGGUUGUGGGUCGUGGCUGCAAUCGUUUCUCUUACUUUGUAGUCAACAGUCUAUACGACGAUUGGAUUGAACUGCCAAUUGUGACACCACGUCAAAUUGUUGUCUCCAGGCAGAUCAAGAAGUUCUUCACUGGCGACUUGGAAUCUGAUAUUGUUUCAUAUCCAUGUUUUCCAGGCAAGGAGAAGCAUUAUUUACGCGCAAUGAUUGCACGAAUUUCUGCUGGAACACAUAUUGCACCUCAGGGAUAUUAUCGACGAAUGACGAAAAAGGAGCAAGAUCUUUAUGAUGGGGUCAAUUUGGAUGAGCUCGAAGAAGAGGCCGAGGAGGAAGACAACUACAACGAGGGUGAAGAAGAUAUGCAACAAGAUAAUGAUGUGAUGCUACUGAAAAAUGAACGAUUCGAAGUUGAGCCCUUGAGUACAUUAGCAACUCCCGUGGCUUGGGUUCACUGUAGACCGAAUAUAUUGAACCAAGGAAGAAUUGUAUGGUUCGAUGAGGAAAAAGCUCGAAAGGAGCGGGAGAAAGCACUGGCUCUAUACUUGAAGAUGCGACUUAUGGAAGAAAUGGAUGAAGAGGCCGAAGAAGAAGAAGAAGGAGAAGAAGAAGGCGAUGAAGAGGAAAUGAUGGAAGGAUUUAUUCAACCCGAGACUGGACCCGAUAUUCUAUCAUCCUGUGGUAGUGAUAUGGGCAAUGAAUGCUCUGUUCCUUGGUUGGUGCGCUUUUCCAGCAAGUAUACCAAUCAAAAGGAGAGAUUGUUGGUAUUGCAGUCCAAUCUCUGGCCAGGCGCAUUCACAUUUAUUUUCGAAAAUACAUGCGAAUCGGUUUAUCUGGGCUGGGGACAUAAAUUUUGUAGACGCAAUAUACCCUUUAAUCACUUGAAAAAAGUUCAAGAAGAGUUUCUUCACGGAGCCGAAGACUUUAUUGAAUCAACGGAUCCAUCUGUUGAGGACGAAUUGGCUUACAAUGAGUGGCUGUUAAGCAAGCAAAAGAAACCCACUGAUAUUGGAGAGGACGGCAAUGAAUAUGAUGUUGAAGACGAAGACGAUGAGUAUGAGGACGAUAAUUAAGAAAGCCCCAAUUAAAAUUCCUAAUUAUGAUACUAUGUAGCACUUAGUUUUGUUCAAUUAAUAAAAUCACAAUCUUGUAGUGAUGCAGCAGCAUUUAAAUAGAA